AUGCCUCGCAACCGAUCUGUCGGCCGCGCCUCCGCGCCCGCCCGGGCCCCCACUCGCCCUACCGCCGCCGCCGCCUCUCCUAUGCCGCAACAACGUCCGGCCACCACGCUGGCCGCUCCGCCGCAGCACGCUCCUCAGCAGAUGGCGCCUGCUGCUCCUGUUGCGUCCCAGGGCCCAGGGCUCUUUGGCCAGAUGGCCAGCACCGCCGCCGGCGUUGCCAUCGGCUCCUCGGUCGGCCACGCCAUCGGAGGACUCUUUUCCGGCGGUGGCUCCUCCGAACCCGCGGCGCCGCAGCCCGUGCAGUCUCAGGCUGCCCAGCAGCAGCAACAAUGGGGCAACAACUGCCAGGCCGCUACGCAACAGUUUACCAAGUGCAUGGACGACAACGGCGGCAAUAUGCAGAUUUGCAACUGGUACCUGGAGCAGCUGAAGGCUUGCCAGGCCGCGGCCAGCCAGUACUAG